AUGGACACCGUCUCAAUCGACACGAAGUACCUGUACCGUGACGUUACAAGCGUUAACUUUGACCCCCUCCUGGCCAAAGUUGAACAGGAUGGCGUCGAAAGGAUCCGACAUUUCUAUCUACCGGGAGAAAAGGUUACUUUGAUAGACGAAUACAGCGAGUCGCGUUGUGGCAUAGAGGAGGACGGGAAGACGUACACUGAUCUUGCCAGCCAAAUGACUAAACUCGCGACUGUAGAAAACGUCUACGCUCCCUAUGCCCGUUGCGCCAAUGAUGUAAAGUAUCUCACCGACGCUCUGAUCAAUGGCGUACAUGGUAACGUCAAAGUCUACUUCCCAAAUGCAGAAUGCAAAGAAGGCAUCAAGAUGGAAGAUUUGUUUCCAGAGUUGAGCAAAAAUGUAACCAUUUUCUUGCCUCCGGUGUGGGAGUUCGCAAUCAAAAAUCAUCGGAGGUACAUGCAUGUCAUGGAUGAGAAGGUGGCAAGUCAAGCUCUACGCGCGAAGUCGGGAAAACCAAUCGCACUAAUGCAUUUUCAAGGCGGUUAUGCAAGCCAUGAUGUCGGCGUGACAUCACUGUUCUCUGACACCACCGCGUCAACAAACUUGUUUUUCCAAGACCACGCAUACAAGUUUCUUCACGUAGAGGAGACACUUAAAUCUAUUAAUGAAAUAAAGACUCAAAGAAGUCAAGAGGAUCCAAGAUCAACGGAACCUAAUAUUGUCAUCGGCGUAUUAGAUUCAGGUUUAAUGGGUAACCACCAGGCGUUUGGUCCUACUGGUCGUAUCCUGGCCCUUAAAAAUUUUAUUCCAACGCCAACGGGUGGGGAGGAACCAAUGGAUUGUGGAGAAAGUGAUCUGUACGCUGAUCGUAAUGGACACGGCACGUUCUGUGUAUCCAUAGCAGCUGGAGAGCGAUUCAAAGCCAGGUAAAUCUGCGGACCACCCGAUAACAGACAGCCUUUUGCUCAAGACCGAUGGCUGACGGGAGUUGCACCGUUUGCAAAGAUCGUCCUCGGCAAAGUAGUGGCACCCGACAAUGACGGCACCGUAAAGCCCGAAUGGGUGGCCAACGGGCUCAGAUGGAUUCUGGACCUGGACGGGACGGACAAAAAAGUGGACAUCAUUUUUUUGUCUUUAGGUUUCCCCACCUACCAUGCGGACUUACGGAAUGUCAUCUCUGAAGCUAACAUUAAAGGUAAGAUCAUCAUCUGUGCCGCCAGUAACGAUGGCCGCAGGCAGCAGACCAACAUCGCAUUUCCGGCCCGUUUUGGCGACGUCAUCUGUGUUGGCAGCCACAACUCGAACGGACAACCGUCUGCGUCAUCACCGACCGGCCGGGAGAUUGACUUUAUGGCGCCUGGUGAGGACGUCUGGGGAGCAUCCUCCGCCUAUGAAGACGCUGCGGUUCCCAUGUCAGGAACAUCUGUGGCAACACCUUUUGUGGCUGGCAUUGCAGCGAUCGUACUGAAGGCGGCCCAUCACAUCGGUGGUGACGACCUACGCCAAAAGGUAUCUAACACGACUGUAAUGCGUGAGGUCCUCCGCAAGAUGGCAUCCAUGCCGGGUCGGCACGACGAAACUAUGGGCUAUGGCAACCUUAAUCCCUACCGAGUGUUUCGUUAUGGAGAGGAUUACUUCAGGAAGAUUGUUAAGGAAAUCUACGAGUAG